AUCAACCAGCCCGUUGGUCUCAGUCUGCUGAAACUUAUUUCUCUAAAAGCUUAGGCCUUCUGUGUUUAAAACUUGGCUCCACAGUGUUUGCUGCAUCAUUGCACACUGACAUCACCAACCAGUGUUAGCUGCACUGUCUGCUGCCGAGCUGCUGGAACACAGGAGGGUCAGAAAGGGUGUGGAGCACAUUUCAGGCUUUUAGGCUGGACUACUUCAUUCCUUGGAAGUAGACCUGUUUUACAGGUCUUCACUCAGCUUCAGAGCAAGCCUUCGCAGGCAUGGAGCCCCUGGCAGUGGACGAUGACAUUUGCAUUCUUAAACAUGAGACGGCCUACACCGCUUCCGGCGAGAGCCCUGUGUCGGUGUGUGCCGGCGACGAAUCUGUCGCUUCCCACUUCGCCUUGGUCACAGCCUAUGAGGACAUCAAGAAGAGGCUGAGAGACACAGAGCGAGAGAAUACCUUGCUGAGGAAGAGGGUUAAGCAGCUGGAGGACAAGCUCUUCAGGCCAGAUGCUCCUCCAUCAGAGGGUCCCCAGUAUGUGAACAAGGCCUUCAGUGCUUACCGAGGUAUCUAUAUAGAGAAGGAGGACCUGCAGAUGGAGCUUAACAAACUGAAAAAGGAGAAGAGCGAGAGCGAGAGGCAGCUGACAGAGCAGCUCCAGGCCAAAGAGCUGGAGCUGCUUCAGCUGAAGACGGAGAUGGAAACAAGCCAAGGUACAGUGAUGAAGAGCCUGAACAGCCCUCAAGACUACUGGCAGGUUGACCGGGUCGGCACUGAGCAAAAGAUCCACAAACUGCAGGACGAGCUGGAGAGGGUGACACUGGAGAACAAUCGACUGCUGGAGAGAAGUGGGGAGGAACCCCACGGCCUUAACGGACCAGACUUGGACCAGUCCUGUGACGCAAAGUAUACAGCCAGGGAGAGGAGCAUGCAGCAGACAUACGAGUCCCUGAGCAGCGAGGUCACGCGUCUUCAUUCAGAGCUGAAGCACCAAACUGGCCUGAUCAGGAAACUCAGGCCCCUCAUCAGUGAGAGCAGGCAAGUUCCAAUUCAGUGCCGGGACGACGUGGAAAAGAACAACCACCACGCCAUUCCCCGGGUGUCAGUGCCUCGCCCCCCUAGUGCUCCCCCACUGCCCUCCUGCUCUGGCCGCCCCUGCCCCCCAGUCUGCGGGCCGUCAGGCACCCUGCUGCCCGACAGUCUGAGGGAGGACUGCUGGUACAAUGGACCCUGGCCCUCCCAGAGCUGCUCAGGAGAGGCUCUGCUGCUUGGAAAUGACACCUGCUCUGUGGUCCUGCCCCCGCCCCCUUUGAACCAGGCCUCCCUGGAUGACAGCUCACGCUCUUUCCCCAGCCCCCCCAAACCAAGUGAUGCUAUGUUCUGGGAGGGACACUCUGCUACAUCCAACUCCUCUUCCUCAAUUGGAAACUGCACUCCCAGGAGCCCUCCCAAUGCUGAGUGGACCAAGCCGUAUUGAGAGGAGCUUUGACGGGAGGACAGAUGAUUAAAUAAGAGUGCAAGUGGAAGGAAAAAUAAACCAAUGGAUGAAUGAUUGAACUCUCCAACCCUGCCACAUAGCUACCACCUAACCUGCCUUAAGUUGAUAAGACCACUCCUCUGGGCUGGAAUGGACUGCUCCUGCCGGUUGUGGGACCUGAUUGAGGCCAGAGGAGGCCUUUUUCGAGGUAGACUCUGUGAACUCAUUAAUCUAUGGACUCUGCGCACCGCAUCGGUGAAUACAUUGGACUUUGCAGAGGAAAAGUUAAUGAAACCCUGAGCAGAGUAAAUAGUUUGUCCAUGUGUAAGUGUCCUUGUAUGCACAUGCAUACAUGUGUGCAAGCAUGCAUACAAGCAGUUUUAUUUGUGUGUGGAUAUACACACAUCAAGCAGUGUGCCUGUGUGUGCAGAUCAGUUGGCAGGCAUCGUUGGCCUGCCCGUAUCUGUAUCUUGUCAUAAUAAACCUAAUCUGAUCACUGGGGCCACAACAUGAUCCUAUAAUUUGUAAAACUGUACUCCCUCCAAUACAAGUCUUUUUACAUUUGAUCGCUGUAAAGUAUUGAAGGUGUGUAGUCUCACAUCUCAUGGUCAUGUGAAGGAGAUUUUUUGGUAUGAAGAUUAAAUGUGAUGGUUUUUGUACUGUGGUGGAGACAGACAUACAGUCACUGUAGGAUAAUCACUGAACUUUUGUUCCACAUGUAACAGAUACCAAAAAAAGUGUAACAAAUUUUUCUUCUUUGACAAGUUUAGAUUUGAUCAAACCCUUAUAGAUCAGUAUCAAAGUAGGCUGUCAGCUUUCUCCUACAUUCUAAUUAAGUCAUUCAUGAGAACAGAGUGAUGAUAUUUUUUAAGGACAUUGCAGAAUGGGUCUGAAAUAUAUAAAACUAAAAAUGUAUAGCUGUCUGAAGUAACACUCCACCUUCACAUGCACCACAAUUGUUCAACUGUUGAUGAUAUAAAGUCAAUUUUAACUAGCCUCCUGAAACCUGCCUGUUGUCACUUCUUCAAGUCUCAGAACUGCUGUCAAUAUGUUUUGUGUGGUUUUCUUCUCUCAGUUGCAAAUGCAACGCUAUAAGUAAGGCUGUGCAUUUCUGAAUGUUAUUUUGAAGGACUUUAAAUUUGAGGGACUCAUACUGUAGGUCUCACACACUCCCUGUUUUUGUGACCCUGAAUGAGUUGGGAACGUGAUGAGGUUUAUGGAGGUUUUGAAUCACAAACCAUGUACUUUAACUUGGUACAGUGCUGAUGAUAAUCUACAGUGUGAUACGUUUGAUCUGCAGUAUGACUUGAGUUGUUGUGUGAAGAAGGGAGGUCUUUAUUCUCUUUUUAAGAGUCAAAUAAGUGAAAGAACAGAAGGAUGUACAAAAAGGAGAACACAUUGUAAUAGGAAAGCAGGAUAUUUGGGGGGCUGACUGUUUGAACUGUAUAAAUGUAUAUGGUGGGCUUCAGUACUUUGCCAAACGCAGUUUUGCACUUUGAACCAUAGGAUGUUUUUUCUGCCCACUUCUUUAGACUUCUGAUGUGUAGUUGAGCUGUCUGCAGUGGUGGCAAGACAAUAAGUCUAUUAACCUGAAGAAAUGUGAGUGACUUGAAAAAUAGGUGCACAAAGCACAAGACCCAUUGGUUGUUGAAAAGACGUUUGGUUUUUCCCAUUUUCUUCUGUCUUGUUUCAUGAAAACUGUGGUCUUUUUGUUAAUUUCUAAGAAAUGUUAUUUUACAGCAGUAGUUUCAUACUUCUGUAAACGAUUUGCAAACCAAAAUGCAAUGUACAGUAGAUAUGGAUUAUAUUUUAGAUUUACUGCACUUCAGACUGUUUGUAAAUAUGAUCAAUUAAACUAAAGGAAAU